GGUUCUUACAUGCAAUUUGAUCUGCAGGAAAGGAGGGGAAUAUAAUAACAAUGGAGGGAAUUGACCACUUAGCUCAUGAGAGAAACACGGCUCAGUUUAAUGUCGACGACAUGAAGAUCGUCUGGGCAGGCUCUCGCCAUGCCUUCCAACUCACUGAUCGCAUAUCCAAGUUCGUUGCCAGAGAUCCUGCUUUCCGCAAGGACAAUAGAGCAUCUCUAGUCAGGAAGGAUUUGCUUAAAAAUACUCUAAGGAAAGCUGCUUAUGCGUGGAAACAGAUUACGGAGCUUCGUCUUACUGAAGAAGAGGCAUUAAGUUUGAGGUACUUUGUGGAUGAACCUGCUUAUGCCGAUCUUCAUUGGGGAAUGUUUAUACCAGCCAUUAAAGGACAGGGCACUGAUGAGCAACAAAAGAAAUGGUUACCUUUGGCAUACAAAAUGCAAAUCAUUGGCUGUUAUGCACAGACUGAGCUUGGCCAUGGUUCAAAUAUUCAAGGUCUUGAAACCACUGCAUCCUUCGAUUCCAAGACUGACGAGUUUGUUGUUCAUAGUCCCACUCUUACAUCAAGCAAAUGGUGGCCUGGUGGACUGGGAAAAGUAGCGACGCAUGCUGUGGUUUAUGCACGUCUUAUUACAGAUGGUCAGGACUAUGGAGUGAAUGGUUUUAUUGUCCAAAUACGAAGCUUGGAAGAUCAUACACCUCUCCCUGGAAUUACCGUUGGUGAUAUUGGAAUGAAAUUUGGAAAUGGGGGUUAUAAUUCCAUGGACAAUGGUGUUUUAGUGUUUGAUCAUGUGCGAAUUCCAAGAGAUCAGAUGUUGAUGAGGGUUUCACAGGUCACAAGGGAAGGGAAGUAUGUACAGUCUGAUGUUCCUAGACAGCUGGUGUAUGGAACAAUGGUAUUCAUUCGUCAGACGAUUGUAUUUGAUGCCUCUUCCGCUUUAUCCAGAGCAGUGUGCAUUGCUACAAGAUACAGUGCUGUUCGCAGACAAUUUGGUUCACAAAAUGGUGGGCCAGAGACACAGGUGAUUGAUUAUAAGACACAGCAAAGUAGGUUAUUUCCGUUACUUGCUUCAGCCUAUGCUUUCAGAUUUGUUUCGGAGUGGUUGAAGUGGCUGUACACGGAUGUAACCCAAAGAUUACAAGCCGGCGAUUACACUACGCUGCCUGAAGCUCAUGCAUGUACUGCUGGUUUGAAGUCAUUGACCACUACUGCUUCAGCUGAUGGUAUUGAAGAAUGCAGGAAGUUAUGUGGAGGUCAUGGCUAUCUUUGUAGCAGUGGUCUACCCGAAUUAUUUGCUAUAUAUGUGCCAGCCUGUACAUAUGAAGGAGACAACAUUGUUUUGCUUCUACAGGUUGCGAGGUUUCUCAUGAAAACUGUUUCACAACUUCCUUCGGGGAAGAAACCAGUGGGCACAACAAUAGCGUAUAUUGGAUGCAUAGAGAAGCAAUUGCAAUUUAAGUCUGAUGUUCAGAAAGCUGAGGAUUGGUUAAAGCCUAGUGCUGUGCUGGGAGUGUUUGAGGCUAGGUCUGCUAAAAUGUCUGUAGCUUGUGCUAAAAACUUGAUCAAGUUUUCGAAUCAAGAAGAAGGCUUUGCAGAACUCUCGGUUGAUUUAGUGGAGGCUGCAAUUGCUCAUUGCCAAGUGAUCACUGUUUCCAAAUUUAUUGAAAAGUUGGAAAGUGAAAUUGUCGGUGAUGGAGUUAAGCAACAGUUGGAGGCCCUCUGUUACAUCUACGCUCUCUCUCUUGUGCACAAUCAUAAAGGCGAUUUCCUUGCAACAGGAUGCCUCACUCCCAACCAAGCUGAUCUUGCUAAUGAACAGCUUAGAUCUUUAUACUCUCAGGUUCGUCCCAAUGCGGUUGCACUUGUGGAUGCAUUUAACUACACGGACCACUUUUUGGGAUCGAUUCUUGGGCGUUAUGAUGGUAAUGUGUAUCCGAAGUUGUAUGAGGAGGCGUGGAAAGAUCCUCUCAAUGACACCGUUGUACCCGAUGGCUACCAUGAAUAUAUUCGUCCCUUAUUGAAGCAACGUCUUCAAUUUGCCCGACUAUAGAAAGAAAAAGUUUAUUAAGUGUGUGUUUUUGGACCAUAGAGGCUUAAUUAAUAAUAAUAGACUGUUUCUAGCAACAAUAAAUUGUCUAAAUUAUUGAUGCUGAAUUGGGAAGAAUUGUUAUGGAUAUUGUUUUUAACGAUGAUAAAAGGUCUACAUUUUGUAUGUUUAUUCUUGUGAAUGGCUUAAGAUAGUUAAAAUAUUGGGUAGAGUUAUUAUUUUAUA